UUCCUUUGCGGCCCCUCCUGAUAAUUGAGGACAGAUAGGUAAACAAGCCCAGCGUGUCUUUCUCGACAAACCAAAAAAAAACCCUCCUGUCGAAGUCGAUGCACAUUGACAAUGCUUCUCAAAAGCCGAGUUGUCUUAUCACUUGGUGUUCGCAUGUGCUCUACACAUGUAACAGGUCCAGUGAUUGAAUCAGGAAGACCCAGUUCAGACAUGUCUGAAUUCCGAAAGGCCUUCGCCAAAGCCAAGAACAUAGCAAUCAUCACCGGAGCAGGUGUGAGUGCAGAGAGUGGCGUACCGACUUUCAGGGGAGAACAUGAGAAGUGGAGGAAGUGGCAUUCCCAGGACCUUGCUUCUCCAGAGGCCUUCUCUCGCAACCCAUCUCGGGUUUGGGAGUUUUAUCACUACAGGAGAGAGCUUGUGUUGGACAAGAAGCCCAGCGCCGUCCAUUUGGCCAUAGCAGAGUGUGAAGCUCGCUUGAAGAAGCAGGGGCGCUCAGUGGUAGUCAUCACCCAGUGCCAAGAUGAUUUGCACCAACAGGCUGGGUCAAAACAUGUCCUCAAGAUUCACGGCAGUCUGCUGGAGACACGCUGUAUGAGUUGUGGACAAGUGACCGUGAACAAGCAAAGCCCCAUAUGUGCUGCUUUAAAGAGCAAAGGAGCACCUGGCACAAAUGUUCCUGAUGAACAGAUUCCUGUGGAUAAACUACCAAGAUGUGAGGAGAGAAACUGCCACGGUCUUCUGAGACCCAAUGUCGUCUUCUUUGGGGAGACUUUGGACUCUCACAUUCUGACUAAUGUAGAAAAGGAAAUUGAAAUCUGUGACCUCUGUCUGGUGGUGGGGACGUCAUCCAUUGUUUACCCAGCAGCCAUGUUUGGUCCCCGGGUUGCAUCCAGAGGUGUUCCAGUUGCAGAAUUUAAUAUGAAUACAACACCAAAAACUGAAUAUUUUAUGUACCAUUUCCAGGGUCCAUGUGGAACCACGCUGCCACCGGCUCUGGCACCACAUGAGUCCGAGGAAUUGUAAAAAUCAUUAGGCUGUUUUCUUUAGAUGAAAGUUGGUGGUUUCUUCUACAUUCUAAUGCAGUCCAAAGCUGCUGCAUUUCAUCAUAGUUUAUCAAAUAUCAAACUGCCUGGAAAAACAGUUUUUAAAAUAUAAUGAAUUUCUUAAUACUUGAAAAUCUUGCUUAUAAACUGGAGUCAGAUCAGAUAACUUUUUUGACAAAUAUUCUCUUCUUACAUUAGAAUUAAGGUGGGAAAAUGUAACUUCAUUGUGAAAGGUAAUGCACUCCAUAUUUACUUACUUUCAUAGAAAAUGAUAUUCCUUCUUCAGAUUAAAUGUUUAGGGGAGAUCCUUCUUUGUAGAAACAAUAAUGCUUUAGAAAGAUCUAAAAUUCUUUCUUGUGCCAAUGGAUAGGAUUCCUCUGUUCCUUUACUAUCCAAUGAACAGGUAUGCAGACAUGCUCUUGUGCCUUUUCAAGCUGUUGAUUCAACUUUGACCAAAUGCUUGCUUAUAAACCUCAAAUGCAAAUCAACCAAUGUUACAGAGAUUUAGUCAAGUGUUUAGUUUACUAAAAAUAGCAAUGGGUAAAGCAGAAUAAUAUACUUCUCAUUGUGUUUGACAAUGUUUGAUAUGAUGUCUGAAGUCAUCUGGUUACAUGUAUGAAGUAUUCAGGAGACAUUGUUUUCUCAAUCAAAUAUGGUUAGAACAAAAAGCAAUAACAUGAUUUUUUUUUCUUUUUUACAUUUUCAUUGUCAACGAACUAUAUGCACAGCUACUUUUUAAAGUAUUAAUACUGCAUUUACACAAAGCAUUAUCAUUAAAAUUCUUCAGCGAUGCAUACUGACUUUUGUGACUUUUUCUUCUGAUUCACAGUAAAAGAAUACAACCCUGCAUGUGCUUAAUGUGAACACUAGAGGCCAUGGUUUAGCUUUCUUUAAGUUCUUUUAUUUUCUUCUGGGGAGGGGAGAUGGAAACAAUUUUGCAGUUUGUUCAUUUGUUAUUUCUGACUGUUUGUUCAGUUGUUAUUCCUGACUGUUCUAUCAUAAGGCUGUUGAAAGAAAAGUAGUCAACAUAAAAUAUUUGCAUUCAAUACCUUUCACAGUUAAAAUGGGUUGUAAUAGAGAAACAUUUGUGUUAGAGCUGCACUGUUUAUAACAGGAGUUCCCAAAUUGUUCUGUUCCUGACCGAUGAAAGAACAGUGGAAGACUCUUGUGACCCCAGCUGUCAACCGAGUAUGCAAAAGAAAUUGAAAUUGAGAUGGUGUUUUGUGACCACAAAAAAAAAAAAAAACAAUGUCAACAUUCAACAUUGUGUAACAUAA